UUCCUUAAAUGUAAUUUAUAACAAUUCAUCCCAAACUGUAAAUCUAACAAUAACCAAUCAGAGCACCCUGGAAUCCGAUGUGAGUGACGGAGUAUCCAAUCGGUGCAUGCGUCUCACGAGCGAGUAAAGAUGGCGGCGGGCUCCGAUUUACUGGAUGAUGUUUUCUUCAACACAGAGGUGGACGAGAAAGUAGUUAGUGAUCUAGUCGGGUCUUUGGAGUCUGAGCUCACGGGAUCGGGUCGUGGAAAGUCUUCAGUUAGGGUCCAGGCUGCAGCAAAUCACAUUGACAUCUCAGCUGUAGGUCGCAAUUCCAAUGUCCAGGACAGCGAAAUGGGACUUUCACAAGAGCUUGCUAAACCAGGGACUGGCGUGCCAGGGGGGGUCAUUAAUAGUAGGAGGUCCCAGGGUUCAACCAUAUAUGCUGCGGUCGGGACAACGGCGGUGGGAUCGAGCAUGACAGCCGGGCACAGUCCGAGCAAGACUGGGGCAGUCAGUGGUGUGAUAACGGAGGUUCCCGAUCACGGAGCUGGGAUCAGAAAAACUGGGGCGGCUGGUGUACAAACUUUAAAUGGAAGGAGCGUUGUGAUAAACUCUCAUAAUUCAGGAAGUGUUGCCGCUUUGGUGAGCUCGGCAAGCAGCACAGUGCCCGCCGUCGCGGUUGUCAACAACGGACCGAGCUCCGUAGUCAAAGGAAACGUAGUCUUACCCUCAACUUCCAGCACAGUCAUUCAAACACCUCUUAUGCACAAUGCUGUCACUUCAACUGUGAUAUCGUCUCAGCUGUCUGUUCUAAACAGUGUGCCCACUGUCACGCUCGUGAGGCCGCCUAUGCAACCCCUCGGAACAGUCACCGCGCAGAGCGGGAGUAAUAAUACGGUUCUGAUACGAUCUGUCAACGUUGCCCACCCUGCAAGUUCAGAAGCGCAAAUCAACACAUUGGAGUCUCCAAAAACGACCACACAAACGACUUCAGAAGUGACCGGCCCCAGUGUUGUAGGUAAAAGCCUGGUUUUACAAAAUGUGAGGACCUCCAUCCCAUCGACUAUUGCAGCCUGUCCUGGUGGGAUAAAGGCGAUCGCGCCACAGGUGUUCUCCCCGAGACUUCCGCAACCCCAACAAAAUGCUUCAAACAUCCAAAACAUUCAGCUCCCUCCAGGCAUGGUGCUGGUACGCAGUGAAAGUGGGCAGCUUCUGAUGAUCCACCAGCAGACCCUGGCCCAGAUGCAAUCCCAGUCCCAGAGCGCCAUGACCCCACGGGCAGCCACCCCCACCAGCACUCCCCCUGUCCAGAUCACUUCUGUACAGGCUCCAGGGACGCCCAUGAUGUCCCGUCAGGUGACCCCCACCACCACCAUCACUAAGCAGGGCUCCACGACCCAGACCACCGUCCAGGCCACCACCACCCUCCAGAGGCCUCCUGUACUACAACAGAACACCAUUAUGCUGGGUGGAGCGGCCGCCACCUCAGGUCAGGCUCCAGUGCAGCCUUGCUCGGCAGCAGUCACCCAGAGAGCAGGGACCCCUGGGACACCAGGCGCCCCCACGGUCGUUUCUACCACGGAGAUCCUGGAGAAUGUGAAGAAGUGUAAGAACUUCCUGUCCACGCUGAUCAAACUGGCAUCCAGCGGGAAGCAGUCGUCUGAGACCACAGCCAACGUCAAGGAGUUAGUCAAGAGCCUGCUGGAGAGUAAGAUCGAAGCGGAGGACUUCACCAGUCGGUUAUACCGGGAGCUCAACUCCUCUCCUCAGCCAUAUCUCGUGCCUUUCCUCAAGAGGAGUCUUCCUGCACUGCGUCAAAUGACCCCAGACUCGGCAGCCUUCAUCCAGCAGAGCCAGCUGCCUCACACUGGCGCCCAGCCUUCCGCCCCCUCCAAGGCCUUGACUGCUGCGGUGCUGGGGGGCACGUCCACGGCACAGAACUCCCGUCUCAACAGUAGUAGCCCUGGGGCCAAGGGGACCAUGCACCAGUUUCCUGUUAUCAGCCUGGCCCAGACACCUCAUAGCAAGCCUGGCCUGAUGGUGCCUCAGCAGCAGGGGGCAAUGGGGAGGCCUCAGGUGACUCUGGCCCAGUCACCCAUGGUUACUCUCCGAGGCCAGCCCCACAGUCACAUCAUCAUGGGGCAACCGCAGGUGGUCAGACAGCUUCAGACAGUUCCUGUAGUGAAGCAGGCUCUAGCACCAGGAGCCAAAGUAACAAUGGGGCCCCAGUCUAUGCUCUCUGUAGUACUGAAGAACAGGCAGAAGGAGGCAGGCGGAGGAACCUUCAAGGAUGAUGAUGAUAUAAAUGACGUGGCCUCUAUGGCUGGAGUCAACCUAUCAGAGGAGAGUGCCCGCAUUCUGGCAACCAACUCUGAGCUGGUCGGCAUGGUGACUCGCUCUUGUAAAGACGAGGCCUUCCUCUACACCUCCUCACUAACCCAGAGAGUACAUGAGAUAGGCGGGAGGUUAGGGGUGACUAACCUGGGGCCGGAGGUGAUCAGCUACGUGUCCCAUGCAACACAGCAUCGGCUGCAGAACCUGCUGGAGAAAUUGACGGUGGUGGCGCAGCAGAAAAGCAUCACCUUCAAGGAGGAUGAUAAGUGUGAACAGGUGAGUGACGUGCGAGCACAGCUGAAGUUCUUUGAGCAGCUGGAUCAGAUGGAGAAACAGAGGAAGGAGGAGCAGGAGAGAGAGAUCCUGAUGAAGGCAGCUAAGUCUCGAUCACGACAAGAGGACCCAGAGCAGCUUCGGCUCAAACAGAAGGCUAAAGAGAUGCAGCAGCAGGAACUGAAUCAGAUCAGGCAGAAGGAGGCCAACAUGACGGCCCUGGCAGCCAUCGGCCCCAGGAAGAAAAGGAAAAUGAACUCCCCUGUCAGCGGAACCGGGGCUGAGGACUUGUGCUCUGGUCCCUCUCCGUCAGGUGGGUACAGUAGCGGAGGCUCCAGGCCUCAGCGCCAGCGCAUCACCCGGGUUAACCUCAGGGACCUGCUCUUCUGUCUGGAAAAUGAGAGGGAGACCAGCUGCUCACACCUGCUCUAUAAAGGCCUCCUCAAAUAACACAGGGAGACCGGACAUGCCCAAUAAAGCUUUUCUAAGGGACAAGAAAUGAAUGAGACUAACCAGCCACUCCCUAUAGCACCUCCCUAACAGACAGAGACCAGCCACUCCCUAUAGCACCUCCCUAACAGACAGAGACCAGCCACUCCCUAUAGCACCUCCCUAACAGACAGAGAUCAGCCACUCCCUAUAGCACCUCCCUAACAGACAGAGACCAGCCACUCCCUAUAGCACCUCCCUAACAGACAGAGACCAGUCACUCCCUAUAGCACCUCCCCUAGAGACUAGAACAACCAAUAGCACCUCCCUCAAAGGGCAAAAUAGACCAGCUACCCUUGAUGGUACCGUCUCUUCUUCUGUACUCUCCUAGAAUCAUGACCUCUUAGACUAGAGGAGAGACCAAUGACACCUGGAAAAUGAAUCAUCAGCUGAACCCUACACUCCCUCCUCAAGAGAGACCAGGCUGUUGCAGCUGUGAAACAAUGAGUUGUUGGGACUGACCUAUCAGACUAGCUCUUCUGGCCUUCUUCAUGAUUGCCUGAUCCCUCCUGAUGACCCAGUUGGACAUGACUUCAACAAGGUCACCAGGAGAGAUCUGCCAAUAAAGUUGGAAGUCCCACCUAGUUGACCACAUUAAAAUGGUGGAUGCCCCCAAUGGCGCUGCCUAUGCUAAUAUGGCCUUUUGUCCACUAGAGGCCUCAAUCAUUCUCCAUGUUAGAGACCUGCUACUGGCAACCAGGUCCCCUCCCAUACACUCCCCUAGAGGGGAAAUGCUCUUAUUUGUGAGGUCUCCUUUCGGUCUGGAAAUAUCCUCAUGUUUUGCAGUAGGGACAUGCAUUAGCUUUUCCAUCCUUUAACCUCAUGCAAUAUAUGAUUAGACGUUCUUUAGAAAGAUCCCCAGCUAGGGGACUUUUUAACACGUUUAACCAACAAAUGUAUAAACCUGCAGGAGUAACGUCAAAUACCUGACGAUACAGAGACUCUGUGCAUUUUGUUGAGGAGACGUUUUAUUUUUCCUAUUUUCUAGUCAUUCAUUCUAGUGCCCUUUUACUGACUGAGGAUCAUUUUAAUUUGACUGGUAUUACUCUUCCAUGGAGCUGCCUUGCAGCCAUAAUAAGCCAUAUUAAUCAUACAUCUCUAACUCUCCACCUCUGAUGACAGAACUCCUUCUCAAUCAGUCAAUUUUCCACAGAGAUUUCUGCUUUAGCAUCUCUUCCCAGGUGCUUGUGUGUUGGACUUUGUUUUUAAUCACUUAUAAUGAUUAUUUAUUUUGUCAGCAUGUCUGUUGAUAACAUUUUGUACAUGUAUAUGCAUACAUGAAAACACACACACAUCCUAUGGAAGCAGUCGGUAAAUUGUAGGUUUUUAUCAGUAGACCGUGUGAAGAAAUUGAUAUACAAUAUAUAUAUAUAUAUAUAUUUUCAGAGGAGUAAUGUAAAACAAUUUACAUUAAUUAAUUGAUGCAACAAUGAAAAGUGAGACUGAUGCAAAGUUGGCAAUAGAUAGCGUUUAUGAUUGAAUGGAGGCCAUUGCUAGCUGCCAUGGUGAUGUGGGAUGGAAUGCAGAAUAUGGUAUAUAGAAUGCACCCCCGAACGAUCUGUUUUUUUAAUCAAGCAGUCGGUCAGAAGCAUACACCCACUUUAUGUAUAUUCUUUAUAUUUCUUAGCGCACAUACUAAUCGGUUGGUUGUUAAGCUUUUGGAUGGUAUUGAUGAAACCUUUCAGACUGUACUUUUCAAUACCGUAGCCCCUAGCAGCUGUUACGCAUCUGUCCCUUAUCCAUGUUCUAUCAGAGAACUGUUUUUAGUGAAAAACCUGAAGCAGAUUACUUCUUAUUAAUAUCUUGUACAUUUUGCACAGCCACUUGUUAAUAUGUAAAUAUUCUAAGUGAAAUAAUGUUUUUUAAUUGCAAUUGUUUUAUAGAUGAUUACGAGAGAAUGCUCUCCUUCAUUAAAAGAAUGAAAAAUAGUACAACAA